GCUGGCACACACAGACUGGGAGGUUGCUUCGUGUGUAAGGGGCCACAUGGAGGAGAGUGAGCGUGGGCCCAGGAAAUUAUGGGAGUGGUGAUGCUGGCAUCCUUGGUGAAGCAAGGGGCUAAGAGGAGACCCUAAGAAAUGAGCCAGGGUGAAGACCAUGCUGGAGUUGUGUAGGGCAUUGAAGGCAAGGAUGAGAAGUUUAAACUGGAUCUGAUGGGCAAAGGGGAGCUAGUGGAAGGACCCUCAAAGGGGAGGGAUGCAUUUGGGACUGGUGAGUAAGGGAGAGAAUCCUUGCAGUUGCAUUUUCGAUGGAGUGGAAGUGGGGGUGAGUAUUGGGGAGGCCAGGGAGGAGGAAGCUGCAGCAAUCACAGAUGACCAGGGCAUUGACACGUGUGACAGGCAGAGCAGAAAGGAAAGAACAGGGAGACUUGGUGCCAGCCUAGAUGUGAGGGGAGGAGUCGAAAAUGAGUCUAGGGUUAUGUCUACACUAUGGGGUAGGCAAGUGAUUCCCAGAUCACAUACACGAGGCUCAGCCGUGCUGAAUACAAACUGUCUGAACCCUGUGGGCAAGUUCUCAGCAUGUCUGAGCCAGGCAGCCGCUACCCGUGCUACCAUAGCUACCCUGCUAUUUAUACUCGCACUAGCUCUCAUCAGCUAGCAUGAGUAUGUGUAAGUGAGCUGGGAAUCACACACGUAGCUCACAGUGUAGACAUAGCCCAUGUGACAGGGAGGUGGUGGGGCCAACAGAAAUGGGGCAAGGUGGGAGCAAAGAUGACUUGGGAGAAAUCGUUUCAGCUAUGUUGAGUUAGCAGUGACCUCACCAAGGUGGGCUGGGCUCUCCUGGCUCUGCUGCUGGCUCUCUGUGUGCCUGGGAGCAUCCUUCUCUUUCCAUCUGCUUCCAUUUCCCCAUCUGUGACCUCCUGGCAGUUGUGAGGCUGCAGUCACUCCUCUUUGAAGUGUUUGACCUGCCCAGUGUGAUGGUGGUUAUGACCGCGCUAUAUCAGAGCUAGGUAGUAUAAUAGUUGUUGUUUUAUUGUGCUGCUCAGACCAGUAAAAUGGUUGAAAGUGAAAAUGCAUGAAGGGGAGGGAGAGAAGCCAAGCGGAGGAGGGACAGCAAGCCUCAGCCCCACUGUCCCUGACACACCACACACCGUGACCUCCUGGGUCCUAUUUCUUCAUGUUGGUUCAACAUUAACCUAGGUGGGGCUGGGAUUUCUCUUGUCCUGCUCCCUCUUCAUUUCCCCUGCAACUGAGGCAUAUACCAUGAGGCACAGCCGAGUCAGAGUGCUGGGCAGCCUGCUCCUUUUCUGCCUCCAGCACCUCGUGCUGAGCCAUGAUGGAGUUUUCCUUGAGCAGCAAGCACUUUCCCUGCUCAAGCGCCCGCGGCGUGCCAACAAGGGAUUCCUGGAAGAGAUGCUCAAAGGCAACCUGGAACGGGAGUGUCUAGAGGAGAAAUGUAGCUAUGAGGAGGCCUAUGAAGCCCUCGAGUCCAUUGUUCGCACGGUAUCAGAAUUCUGGAGGAAAUACAGCGUAUGUGAAUCCCAGAGGAAUCUCAGGACAGUUCUGGAUGGGACUUUGGCAGGAAACUGUGUCGCAGGCACUGGGCAGAACUAUCAGGGGACAGUUUCUGUCACCAAGUCGGGGAUUGAAUGUCAGUUCUGGACAAGCAAAUUCCCUCACAGACCGGAGUUUAACACCACCACACAUCGGAAUGCCAAUCUCACCCAGAAUUACUGCAGGAACCCAGACGACAACCCAAACGGCCCCUGGUGCUACACUCGAGACCCAGCAGUGCGAUGGGAGGAGUGUGCUGUUCCAGUGUGUGGUCAAGAUAAGACCACAGUUCCAUUUAUUCCCCGGGACCAUCCACUGGACAAAACACAGCAGCCAUGUGAAACGGACAAAGGGCUACAUUAUAGUGGGACUCUUUCUGUCACCGUUCUGGGGCCAAGUGUUUUGCCAUGGGCCUCAGCCAAGGCAAAGGAGCUGUCCCAUGGAACUACUUUUUUCCCAGAAGUGAAGCUGGUGGAGAAUUAUUGCCGGAAUCCCUGAUGGGGAUGAUGAGGUGUCUGGUGUUAUGUGGAUCAUCCAAAUACCACCUUUGAGUACUGUGACCUGCACUACUGUGAGAGGCCCCUGGAUGAGAUGGAUGACGUAAUAGCAGGGCGGACCAUUACCCAACAGCACCAAACCUUCUUUGAUGUUAAGACUUUCGGUUCAGGUGAAACAGAUUGUGGCAUCCGUCCCCUGUUUGAGAAGAAAAAGAUUUCUGAUAAGAGUGAGCAGGAGCUGUUGGACUCCUACAUUGGGGGCCGGAUUGUAAAGGGGGAAAAUGCAGAAGUUGGAAGUGCCCCCUGGCAGGUGAUGCUUUUCAGGAAGAGUCCACAGGAGUUGCUGUGUGGUGCCAGCCUCAACGACCGCUGGGUCCUUACUGCUGCCCACUGCCUCCUUUACCCAACCUGGGACAAGAACUUCACCACAGAUGACAUCUUGGUGCGGAUUGGGAAGUAUCACAGAACAAAGUACGAGCGGAACACAGAGAAAAUCUCCCUGCUGGAUAAAAUCAUCAUCCAUCCCAAGUACAACUGGAGAGAGAACCUGGACCGAGACAUUGCACUGAUGCUCCUGAAGAAACCCAUAGUCUUCAGUGACCACAUCCACCCUGUCUGCCUGCCCACCAGGGAGCUGGUCCAGAGUCUGAUGCUGACAGGAUUCAAAGGGCGGGUAUCUGGAUGGGGUAAUCUGUAUGAGACCUGGGGCUCUGGCACAGUCGCCCUGCCUUCAGUUCUGCAACAGGUGAACCUCCCCAUAGUCAACCAGGAUACCUGCAAGGCAUCCACUAAUAUCAGACUCACUGACAACAUGUUCUGUGCAGGGUACAGUCCUGAAGACUCGAAGAGAGGGGAUGCUUGUGAGGGGGAUAGCGGGGGCCCUUUUGUCAUGAAGAGCCCAACAGAUAACCGCUGGUAUCAGGUGGGGAUUGUCUCAUGGGGAGAAGGCUGUGAUCGUGAUGGUAAAUACGGAUUUUAUACACAUGUAUUCCGCUUGAAGAGAUGGAUGCUAAAAACCAUCAACAAAUAUGGGCAAUAAAGAAAGCAUCUGUUACAUCUCAACUCUUACAGCUGCUUAAUUUGUAGCAAUAUGAACACUAAGGAACCUGAAGUAAAAUGGCUAGAGGCAUUCUCUGGCAACAUUGCCAAUAAAAUGGUUAUAGCAAGGA